AUGAUGCUCAGAGCUGGGCGCCAGGGGCGGGGCGCCGGGACGGUGGGGGUGGGUGGGGCGAGGGACGCGCCCUCCGCCGCCCGUCGGUCCCCCGGGGGCUGGGCUCGCGUUCCCACGGCCCGCCACGCAGGCGCGCGGGAAGCCACCCCCGCGUCACGGGCAGCUGCGGGGUCGACCGCGGGAGGCUCGCGUGCACCGGGGCUUCCGCCUCCCCGGGCGCGCUGCUCAGACCGGCCGGCCCGGCGAGCUCCCCGCGGUGGCAGAACCCCUCUGCGGACCUGGGGCGCGCCAGACACAGCCCCGGGGUGCGCGGGCCCCGCCAGGAUGCCGCCUAUCCCGGGUGCCUGGCCCUGGCUCCCAGCGCCUCGGCCCGCCCGAGGAGCAGCAGGUGGCAGGUCGCCGGCCUCACAGCGCGGCCUCCCCGGGCGCUCCGGGCCCGCGCGGCGGGCGCCCCCUGGCGGCCUCCAGCUGUCAGGCUUCCCUCGCGGUCUGUCCCCGGGGCUGCUGCCGCCGCCGCCACCGCAGGCGCGGAGCACGUGGGCUGGGGCGGCGGCCGCGCGCGCCCUCCCCCGCAGCGGGGACGUCAGGCCUCUCUUAGACUCAAUCAACGCUCUGGAAGAGGCGUCCCAGUGCCUCACCCUUCUCCAGCCCAGCCUCCUCCUGCUCACAGACACCAGAGUGUCCAGAAAAGAAGAUGAGAGAAGAGGACGGUCCUCAGGGAUCUGGCUCUUCCGCUCCGCCGGUAAACAAGGAGUCCCAGGGAGAACAGACCACCACCUCGGACUUUGGAGCUACGACCCAGACCAACAGCAGCGGUGGCAGCACAACCUCAUCACACGUCACAUCUGGGGUGUCAGCAGGCCCCGCUGCCAGUGGGGACUUUGGGAUGAGCAUGUCAGCCCCCCACAGCAGCUCCACCACUAGUGCAUUCAACUUUGUGGCAGGACGGAGUGGGAGAACUGGUGGCACGGCCCAUUUCUGGGGAUGCCUGAGUGAGAACUCCCUUGGUGCUGGCCAGAGCACACUGUUUGCCAUCUACGUGGCCAGCACACCUCAGAACACGUCUGUGCUUGCAGCCAUCACCUCCAGCUUUGGAGCUGUGACCCAACACACCAGCUGUGGGACCAGUACAUCCGGGUUUGGCAACACCAUCUCAGCGCCCUUCACAUCUAUGGUGUCAGCAGGCCCCACUGGCAGUGGGGGCUUUGGGACAGGCAUGCCUGCCCCCCACAGCAGCCCUACCACCGGGGCACUUGGCGUUGGGUCAGUGCAGAGUGGGAGAACUGGUCCCAAGAACUCCUUUUGGGGAG